AUGCGGCUACUGACGCACAACAUGCUCGUGUGCCACGUGAAGGCGUGUGCUGAUACGGCUGGACGCGACGCGGACGCUCGUCCACUGAAUUUUCCGCUGAGGAUUGUUCCAGAGAUGGAUGGUGUUGUGGUGCUUGAGACACAAUACAGUAAGAGUUUCAUGCUGCACAUCAUGCGCUCCAUUGACUAUCCUGCACUGUGCUACACGACAAGGGAGUUAAACCAUCCAGAGGUACCAGUCUUACCAGAACAGCUUCCUGCUGAUUUGUCAGAGCAAGACGACUUGCUGAAGCUGAUCCACCGCGUCAUCUUCGACACAAAUAUCGUGGAGGGAGAGCUAGUGUGCAACAACUGUGGACGCAGCUACCAAGUAUCGAAUGCCGUACCAAACAUGCUACUCGAAGAGGAUGAAAUGUAA